GUUGUCCGGAGAUUUUCUCUCUCGCUGUUCUCUCUUCUCCAUCUCUUCUCGCACGCUCAAUUUCUGCACGCGGAACGAGAUACUUCGCGUGUAAGCCCGCCAAAAUGGCGAGUUUCCUUUUCACCUCGGAGUCCGUGAAUGAGGGGCACCCGGACAAGCUGUGCGACCAGGUGUCCGACGCGAUCUUGGACGCCUGCCUUGCGGAAGAUCCCGACAGCAAGGUGGCAUGUGAGACGUGCACGAAGACGGGAAUGGUGAUGGUGUUCGGCGAGAUUACCACGAGGGCGAGCGUAGAUUAUGAGAAGAUCGUGAGGGAGACAUGCCGCGGCAUUGGCUUCGUCUCUGAGGAGGUGGGGUUGAACUGCGACACGUGUAAGGUUCUGGUGCACAUCGAGGAGCAGAGUCCUGAUAUCGGCCAGGGAGUGCACGGUAUGGGCACGAAGAGGCCCGAGGAGAUCGGCGCAGGCGACCAGGGAAUCAUGUUCGGUUAUGCAACCGACGAGACUCCGGAGUUGAUGCCCCUGACUCACGUGCUGGCCACCAAGAUCGGCGCCAGGCUGACGGAGGUCCGAAAGAACGGGGCCGUCAAGUGGCUGCGACCCGACGGCAAGACGCAGGUGACCGUCGAGUACAAGAAGGACGAGAGCGGCGCCCUUGAGCCCGUUCGCGUCUCUUACGCCAUCGGUGUCGCCGAGCCCCUGUCCGUCUUCGUGGACACGUACGGGAGCGGGAGGGUGUCCGAGCAGGAGAUCCUGGACAUAAUCAAGGAGAACUUCGACUUCAGACCGGGAAUGAUCAUUCAGGCUCUCGACUUGAAUCGCGGAGGCAACAAGAGGUUCCAGAAGACGGCGGCGUACGGCCACUUCGGCCGCGACGACCCCGACUUCACCUGGGAGACCGUCAAGGUGCUCAUGAGGGACGGGAAGCCCGUCAAGAUUACCGCUGCUGCGUAAUUUUGAUUGAUUGACUGAGGUCAAAAUGCUCACGAGGAACGGAAGCCCGUCAAG